AUGGCAGGAAAUCCGGUUGACCCGCUGCAGACACUUUCUGCAGCGUUAGCAGUACCGGCAGACUCUAAAGAACAAGGAGAUAUACUUGCUACUUUACGUGAAUCCCUUGAAGCGCACCCAAAUCCCAUACCCAUCCUCUGUACAACGCUCAUCAAAACUGUGUCAAGUGCCGGUGAUUCUCUACUCAAGAGAUGGGUGCUUGAUCUCCUGCAUUUUGCUAUCUCUCGCUCUAAUCUGUCCAACGAAGUUCGCACACAACUUGCGUCUCAGUCGGUCGAUACGCUGGCCGUUUUGCUGCAUGAUUUAAAUGCACGUACUAUCAAGGUGUCCAUUCAGUGCUUGACGACCGUCUACCCACUCCUUUUCCGUUCUCUGUGUACAAACCGUACCCUACGCCAACAAUGGGAUGUACUGUCACAAUGCAAAGCGCGCAUCCUAGAGUUUAUUUGGUCACCAACCGCCAGUACCGGUGUGAAGGUGUCUGCCAUUAAGUUCAUGCAGCGUGUCAUUAUUGUCCAAACGCGCGGUAUCUCGGACCCUAGGCUUCAGAACAAGAAUGACCCCAACAUUUCAAAUGUCCCUGUUGAUCACCCCUUCCUUCCAGGUCCUACCUUAGAAGCGGAAGGCAUGAAACUUCUUGAGAGCGUGAUCACUAUGUUGUAUACUAGCCAGAACCCUGAGCUUUUGAGCGCGAUACUUCACUCCUGGAGCAAUUUAGUUAAACAAAGGCCCGCCCUGGUACAACUAGUCGUUUCGUCACUCUCUUCUUGGACUCCUGCCGCUCUGUCCGGACUCCCAGCAUCAUCUGUCAAAAGCGUCGAAAAGGCUGUUCGUAUAUUGCUCAUCCAUAUUUCGAGAGGACCCCAUGGCUCUUCCUUUGGAGCUCAGAUCAACGAGGCGCUCUCCCUACAAGUUGCUCGCAUGGAAAGAGCCUCCGCAGAGGAAAAGGCACGAAAGGCUGCCGUUGCUGUGCCUGCAACGGAAGCUUCCAAGAAACGACCUUCUUCCACACCAGCAGAGCAUCCGUCUGAUGCUAAACGUAUGAAAAUCGAUGUUGACAUUGCCGGGAACGCGUCUGCUGCAUUCUUAGCUAACUUUGACUUCACUACGCUUCCGAUAUCACUCAUAACCGAUCUCAUUGUCGCCAAUUUGCAAGCAUUUACAGAGCCAGCCUUACUGGAGUUGGUACAAACCUACAGACAAAGCAGAGGCUUGGCUCCUGGCCCUCCUGUCUCUAGAACUCCGCAACCCGCCCAACCUACACCGGAAGCAACGCCCACCCCUGGGCCUUCUGUGGAACCUACUGUGAAAGAUGAGCCAGUAGAUCCACUUCAAAUGGACAUUGACGAAGAAGAAAUGGAAUAUGAACCUGAUAGGCUCAACAUGGAGCUUUCAGGGGACGAGACUAUCGCGGAGGAAGAGACAAUUCCGGCGGAUUUUCCGGAAGCGCUCACCCUUGACCUCAUCGAUUCUACACUACUCGGACCAAAAGAAUUGACUGACGCUGAACGAAAUGCUUUGAUGCGUGGAUCGGUUGGCCGAAUAUGGGACGGAGCGGAGGAGUUAAAGGUUGAUUCUAUCGUAUCAUCGCAAUGGCCUGGUGCUUCUCCUACCGAUAUGUGGAUGCUAUUUAUUGUUCGGAUGGUCACACGGGUGGCGCAUCUUGAUGGUGACCAGUCGCCAACGCCAGAGGACGGUGGGGACGCCGAGACAAAAGUUGACUUCUAUUCACGGCAAGAUAAUUUACGACAAACGUUAUGCGAUUAUAUUAUGGCCGAUUUCCCUUCACGGCUUCGUCUUGUCACGACGUGGAUGAAUGAAGAAUGGUACAACGAUCGCAUCAGAAUGGCAGAUGAUCCUCAUUGGCGACCAAACUAUGAAUCGUGGCUCAAUCAAGUGGUUUCCACGUAUCAGACCGUUUUGGAAGGCAAGCCUGAGGGUAAGCCCGAUGGCAAGGACAAAGCUUUUGCACGGUUUCUACUGGAUUUGCCCUCCGUUCCCCCUGAUGUCCUCGGUCUGUUACGCGAUCUCUCCGUUGACCCUGACAAGUACGUUCGUUCGAUGCAUGUUGGGUUCACCAGUCUUCGGGAGUUUGUUUUAGAGCGUCCAUCCCUCCGAGUAGAAGCCCUUCAAGUCCUUUUGGAGUUGACCACUCAUCCAGAUCCUGUGACCAGGCGCGCAGCAAUUAAUACUGUGCGAAGAUGGGUUCCUGGCAUUGAACCCAUGGAUAGUAUGAUACGUGAUUUCGCUCUUCAAAUAUUGCGCCGCUUGCAAAAGCGUCCAUCAAAAGAGGAGGCGCCAAAGGUCAUUGAUGAACAAGCUGGCGCAAGCGACGAAAAUAUGGAGGAUGGUCAACUUCCUGCCGAAGACCUUCUGCAGACGCCGUAUCUACCAGAAGAGAUAGAGUUACCCGCCCGAAAGGCUCACGUACUGCAACACGUUGAACUCCUAUUCGCUUUAUCUGUCAAGAUCCCGGAGUUCUUGGAUGAGAUCUUCACGGCGUAUGGCCAAAUGGAGUUAACAGUUCAAGAAGCCAUUCAAGACUUGAUCACUGCUCUUAUCAAAUCUUUAGGUUCAAGCAAUGGCAAAUUGUUAACCCUCAUGCGCACAUGCCCGCCGGGGAGUGAAUCUCUUGCCUUACGUGUUCUGACGAUAUUUACAGAACAUGGGAGGCCGAGCGCGCAACUCGUAGCGUUGGUGAAGGGCCUCAUUAGUGACCGUGAUCUCGAUGCUCGCUUCCUGAUUCCAAUCAUCGCAGAGAUGGACAAGCCGGACAUCCUGAAAUACCUGCCUCGAAUUGUCUCCAUCCUGAAUGGUCAGCAAGAGCCCAAAAAUCUGGUUCGAUCUGUAUUUAGCUCCGUUGUCACGACGCCUCCACAAACCUUUGGGAGCGUGUCAUCAAAUUUGCCUCGUGUCAGGCAAAGUGAGCUGCUGACGCCGGCUGAGUUGAUGGUUUUACUUCAUGAAGCUGAGAAAGAGAUUGGUCUCAAGAGUGCGAUCGAAGCAAUUGGUGUCUGCUUCUCAAUGACUGAUGUUUUUCGCUCCGAAAUUCUAGCGGUGGUUAUGCAACAGAUCGUGGAUGAACCUGUGCUCCCCGUUCUUUUCCUUCGUACGGUCAUUCAGGCUGUCACGACGUAUAGAACGUUGGUUGGCUUCGUGUCUACCACCUUGCUGUCUCGCCUGAUCACCAAAAAAAUUUGGCAAAAUCCUCACCUGUGGGAAGGGUUUAUACGAUGUGCCAAGGUUAUUGCGCCGGCAAGCUUUGGCGCAUUGCUGCAACUGCCAAAGGAGCAGCUUCGCGAACUUGUUGACAAGCAACCGAGUCUAAAGUCUGGCCUGCGAGAGUAUGUCACUAAAAGGGCUGGAAACAAGGCACGAGUGGCUGGUUUCUUGGAUAUAUUUGGUGAGGACGAUGAUGCAUCUCCUGUUGCACCAGCG